UUUUUUACAACCAAUUCACCAAUCAACAUGUCUGACGAGGAAUACUCCGAGUACGAGGAUGAGGAGGUAGAAGAGGAGGAAGUCGAGGAGGUCGAGGAGGCUGAAGCCGAAGAGGAGGAGGACACCGAGCAGCAAGAGGAAGAAAGGUUCAAGCGAGCUUCUGUCGACACCACGGCAACCGGUGGUCCAGCAACACCGGCUGCUUCUUCGCACGCUCCUGUCUCUUUCGACGGAGAAGCUCUAAAUGAAGGUGAGAAGGCUAUGCUCGCCGCCAAGAGACGUCACGAGAACGACGAACAGGCCAAGUUGGAAGACUACGAGAAGGCUCGUCGCUCCGAACGUGAAAAGGAAGAGGAAGAGUUGGAGAAGCUGAAGGAGAAGCAAGCUCAGCGUAAGCUCGCCAGAGAGCAAGAAGAGCGUGAAGCUGCCGAGCGCAAGCGUCUCGACGAGGAACGUAGACAGAAGGAGGAGCAGGAGCGUCGUGCUCGUGCCGAAGAGGAGAAGAAGAGGAAGGAAGAGGAGAAGCUGAAGAAGGCUCAGAUGAUGGGUGGAGGAUUCCCAGGACAACAGGGUGGAAGAAACUUUGUCAUCCAGAAGAAGGAAGAGUCCGCCGGAGUUGGAGAUCGUUUCGGAAACAUCGUGCAGGCCAAACAAGAGAUGGGAAUGACCAAAGAACAACAGGAAGAGGCUAAGUCGGUCGCCAUGGCCGGUAUUCGUAAGUCGAUCGCCGAGGCUUCCACCAUUCUUCCAAAUGAUAUGAAGGCCAAGAUCAAGGAGCUUCAUCAAAGAAUCUGCAAGUUGGAGGCUCAGAAGUACGAUUUGGAGAAGAGACACGAGAGACAGGAGUACGAUCUGAAAGAAUUGAAUGAGCGUUCCCGUCAAGUGGCCCGUGCCAACAACGCCAAGAACGGACAAGUCAGCGGAGACGACACCGGAGGAAGACAUCCACCAAAGGUCCAAAUCUCUUCCAAAUACGACAGACAAAUCGACAGAAGAAACUUCAAGGAGCGCCGUCAGGUUUAUGAGAACAAAAUCGCAUUCCCAUGCUUCCCAGGAGUUGCCCCACCACCGGCAUUGUACGAGAAGGUGAUCAAGAAAAUGGACUACGAGAUUCAGCAAGAGCUUGAAGCCGCCGAGGAAGAGGAAGACUAUUAAGUCGAUAAUACCAAUAAAAAAACCAAAAAAAAAAAUCAUUUAUCCAAGUAGUUUUUAUCUUUUUUUUUUUGCAAAUACGUUUAAUUGUUGUUCAAUUUUUCUCUGAAACUUUCAGAAAAAUCCAAAAAAAAACCCUCUCACUUUAUGUUCCCAUCAAACUUUUCCCAAUGUCUAAAGUUAAAAAUAAAGUUGAAGCGGAAAU